AUGCUUCAAAAAGAAGAGUCAAAGCGUUAUGUGCUAUUAAGACAAAUUUACUCUGCUGAUAAGAUGAAGCUUUCGGUUCCCAUCCUUUUCUGCAGUAGCUUCGCUGCGGCAUCCCUCACCCAAGACCGACAGCAAGACGCUUGUGUCAAAGCUGCUAUUGGAAACUAUCAGUAUCCCAACCUUGACGCUUGCAAGUCAUUUUUGCUAGCGACAGCAGUGCCUGCUCCGACUACCGUCUACAAUGUCAAGACCGUUCAAGUACACCCCGUCGUGAUCAAGCGCGUUACGAAAACGUCAACCACCCUCGUGACAGCGACAAAGAUUACAUCGGUGGUCAAGACCGACGUUCUAGAUGUGACAGCGACUGAUAUUGAUGUCGAGACGGUUCAAGUAACAAAGGUCUCGAAAGUUACUGCGACGCGUGCCGCCAAUCCUCCAUUCAAGCGAGCAAAUAACCAGCCCCCAACAAUCAUCAAGCCAACCAAGGUCCCUGCAGCAGCCCAAGAUGCCUGCGCCGAUGCCGCUCAGUUCUCGUCUGCUUGUAGCUACAUGGGCGUCAAGCCCAGCACUACAACCCUCAAGAGACAAACUAUUGUCUCGAAGCGAACUACAUCCAUCAGGCUUCCAGCUCGCACGGUCACCAGAACCGUCGCUACUGUGACCAAGUCCAAGACAGCACAAACUGUCUUGGUCACCGAGACCUACUCAACAACGAUUGUCACUCGAGUUGUUGAUACAGUCACCGUCGAGGAUGAGGCUACAGAGACUAUUCAAGCAACAGAAACCGUUGUUGUCGACCCUCCUGUACAAACCGCCCGCUUCUACACACCAGAUAGCCAGGACCCAGGCGUUGGUGGAAGGGUUGCAUAUUUCAGUGUUCAGUCUACAGGAGGGGACGAUUAUGUUCCCAACUUAUUUAACGUUGACGAAGCCCAAUUCGGCAUUCAUCCUAGCACCGGUGAGGUUACGGUAGUCUCAGGCCCUGAUACAUCAGCGGGGAACACUCUCUACUAUUCAACAAGCAGCACGUGGUCUUUCGUCUUCAUUACAUCCUCAGCCCCUGAUUCUAGUACAGGAGCACCUCGAGCUAAAUAUGCCGCCAUGGACCUGCCAUCCUGA